AUGAUAUGUGCAUGGUACCUUACAGCGCUGAAUACCAACGCUAGGAGUAUUCUUAAAAUGAGGCAUUUUUUGUUGUGAGUGCACUCUACUUUAUUGUCUGUGGCUCCUUGUGGGACUCGAAUUCAUCUCAUCUUCGAUUAAGUAAUGAAUUUUAUAUAUGAUGGCGUGACCGUGACAAAGGGCACAGGUGACUGUUUCUCCCAUAAAAUGAAAAUGAAGAUAAGGAAGAUGAAAUGAGGCCCUCUUUGUGGGGAGUGGGGAUAUGUGUGUCCGUAGACAGAAUUUUACAACCCUGAACCUUUUUGUUUCUUUCCUUUUCUAUUCUGUUUUCAUUUUUUAUUUAAUGAUACAGACUUGCACAUCGGCAUACGGGUACCUCCAUCUAACACAGGGUGUUGAUAUUACAUGCAUGCCUGUUUAUAGAAUGGGGUGUCAAUUUUUCGUUGCAAGUAAUGUAUAUUGGCAGAUAAGAACUGGACAUAGGUAAAGGAUCAUGAAAUUUCUUUAGGAUGAACUUGUUACAGUUACAGUUUGAGAUAUUAGACAGGGUCGGCCAGGGUUUUUGGGUAUACGGUAUACAGGGGCUUUUUAAAUCGGGUAUAUGGUAUAUUGCAGCUUAAAUAUGGGUAUUCGGUAUAUCACUUUCUUUGAAUUUCAGGUAUAAAGUAUACAUGGGUAUAAUUUUGGGUAUAUUUGGAUGAAUUUUGGGUAUUUUUGGGUAUUUUGGCGAAUUUUUUGGUAUACCACUAUCCCCCGUGGCCGACCCUGAUUAGACAAUAAUUAUUUUCUCAUAAAAUUGUCAGCGUUAGUCUUUAUAUUGAUAAGACAUGUGUCUGUUGCAUUUUUUCUGCAAGCCUGUUGAAUACAGACAUCUGGAUAAUAUGAACACUACUGUAUGUCCAGUGCAUGUCCCCAUCAACUGGGUUCCACUGUAUAUUGAAAGUCAGCUGAGAAAGAGUCAGAAGUCAAACAGUGUUAACAGGGUUGUUCUUUUCUUAUAAAUACCAAUGAACAUUAUUAUUUUUGAAGCUUCUUUUAGGUUAUCUUCCUUCUCAGAGGGAUCUUUGGCCUGAGACUCUCAAGAGACAGAGGUCUGAUCAAUUAGCCUUUCUUUAAUCUUACCAGUAUCAAAAUUGAAUAUAAGAUAUCAAGUCCAUUAAAUCAUCUAUAAAUCAAUCAAUCAACUUGUGUUGUGUGAUUUGUUUUAGUAUUCCUGCUUAUUGAGGACAUUAAAAGAUAACGAGAAAAUUUGUUUUAAAAAAUGCACAAUAAAGUCUUAAUGAAUUACCAUGUAUCAGUACACCAUCUUAUGAGGCAGCUUGGCCUAGUGGUGAGAGCACCAAGGUUCCAAUUCAGAGACCCUGAGUUCUAGUACCAUCCUGAUUGCUAGCACGAUUUGUUCCCAUAAGUCCAGCGUUUUAAACUUGUUGGCUAUACACGUGGAUAGCCAACUGGUUUUCCUCUGGCCAGUUGGGAUUCUAUUUAUUGCGGGUGACAAGAGGAUCCCACAGCCCUAAUCUCUAGGUUGUUAUUACCCAUGCAUUGAAUGUCUAUUGCCAACAUUUGCUUGGACUUCGACUAAGAAUGAAUGGAAUGUACAGAAUGCAAUUUGAUAAAGCCUGUUUCAACCUUCUGCCCCUCAUAAUCUGAUCACACGUGUUUUGACCACCUGUUAUGAGGAACCUAUGCAAAGCACUCACUGCAUUGGAGCAAAAGCAUUUGACCUUAGAUCGUUGUCACCCGUACUCCUUAACCUUUGGAUGUUACUAGUUUAUUAUGUCUGCUUCUGUCUUUAUUUGUGGACCAAAAUGUAAAGUUAAGUGUUACCUGUAUGACUGCAUUUGUGAAGUUAGGAUCAAUUUUGUGCAAUGCUUUUUCACUGCAGUCAGUACAAGUUUAAUUUCUUUUUCCUAAUUCUUAAAUAUUAAGGACUAGGGGACAGAUUUAGGAAAUUCAGAAUCAAACUAGCUUGUAACAUCUGCAUGAUCAACCUGACAUCAACUACUUUUUCACUGAUGAAGAUGGAGAGAUUGAGACAAAAUCUUUGAAUUCAAUAAUUCAAAUAAUAUUGCCCUUGGUCAGGAUAUUUUGUGGAACAUUUCUGCACAUUUGUAGAAGGGGAAGUUGCUAUAAAAUGCUAGUUUUGGCCUACUCCUUUGUUUACUACAUUAUUUCAGUGAGUUUUUUUCUUUUUUAUAUCUGUUUGUUUUCAGGUCGACUUACAGGCAGUUUGUUCAGGAAAUAAUCAUUGAACAAUGCAAAGGAACAAAGUCUGGCAAGGAUUCCAAGGAAUUUGAUGUUGAUCAUGUAUGUAAGGAAGUGUAGUAUGUUAUAACUGAACAAGUGCACAGACAAACUUCCAAAUAAAUACAGAAUGUGUGUUGUAUCUAGAAAAAUAAUUUAAAAACACAUGUCACAUUGAUUAAUAAAAAAAUUAAGAUAAUGAUUAUUAUUGUUAUGGAAAAUCUUUUUUGCAAUAAAAAUCUUUAAUAGUUUAAAAAACAUGUCACAUUGUACAUUAACAGAACUCAAGAUGAAUCAAGGUGAUAAGCCAUAUUUAAUUUUGUUUGAGGUGAAGAUGUUGUAGGUAAAAUCUGUUUUCAAGUAAAACAAGAGUUUGCUUUGUCUUCUUUUAUGACCAGGAAACAAAGGAAAUUUUGAAUCAAAAUAGGUUGAAUUCUGAUUUAACCUCAGAAAAAAUUUUACCUACAACAGCGAUUUGGACACAACUUUAUUACUUCCCCAAAGAGAAUCAGUAUGGUUUUAAACACUGCCAUGUAAGACUCCAGGAAGUGGAUGAAGAAAAAUGUUAACAAGAAGGGCAAACAUUCUGUAUAGAAUUGUAAAGGGAAAUUUAUCUUGUCAUAAUUGGGUGAGGUUAUAGAGAAGAAAUGUUUUACAUAUACAUACAUACAUACACUUUAUUGAUGCUCCCUAAGUGGGCUUUUCAGCUCAAUAGAAUAAAAAUACAAAUUUAUAUAAAUUAAUUAAGAAUGUAAGUACAAUAAUAUUAUAAUUACAAAAAAUAUAUCAACUUAGUAAAACAUUUGCAAGAUGACGCCUAAAAUUCCUGGGGCAUUUUAAGGACUUAAUAUUAUCAUUCAAAGAGUUCGAGAGUUUGGCUCCUCUGAAAGCAAAGGAGUGCUGCCCUGUUGACAGGCGACAUAAAGGUAUAUCCAAAGCACCAGAUGAUCGAGUUUGUCUAUUAUGGACUUGAGAACGUGAUUUAAACAUAUCAGCAAGAUAGUCUGGAACAAGCUUGUUAAUACAUUUGUGCAUCAUAGUAGCAUCCCUGCCGUUAAAGGGUAUUAUUACUGUAAAUGAAAAUAGAGCGAGGUAGCCAUUUAUUGAGAUAGCGGGGAUAGCCUUACAGCACCAAUGCUUUUAAAAAGCUUCAUUUAGAAUGGGUUUCUCUCUAAUAGGAAGCCAUUUCAACGGUCGCAACCCAUCCGAAAUAUGGUCAUACUUUCUUAGUCCCAGAAUAAUUCGUCCAGCAAAGUUUUGGACUUUUUGUAACUUGUCAAUAUUGCUGCUGCUGGUAUUACUCCAGACAGUUGAACAAUAUUGGAGUUUACUAAAGACAAAUGAAUGUAGAAUUUGUUUUGCAGUAUGUGCAGGGAUUUUCCUGCCUAGGGCUUGAAACUGCACCUGAUACUGUUGCCAGUGUGAAUAAGACUUCAGCCUUGGCACCUUUCGGGAGUUCUAUAAAAUUAAACUAGUGAAGUUAAGAAACAUCUGCCCUUAUUGCUUUGCCACAAAGAAUGUGGUCUGAUCAAGUCAAAACAAUUAUCAAUUACCUUGCAAUGAGCUGUUGAUUCAGGAUGGACUUGCUUGGCACACUUUAGUCUCCUAUUUUUUGUGGAACAAGAUUUUGAUCAGAAUUUUUGAGUCAACUGUUCAUGGUUUUUUGCCUUUCUCUCUGGCCUCCUCGGUCUGAUUCAUGCUCAUUCAAUGAAAGAUAUAUAUUUUUCAGUACAAGUUAGAUGAGAAAGUUGUUAUUGACUGAUAAAACUGAUAACAUCAUGCGUGGUACUAGGGACGUGGAUUAGCACAGGCGGUUCAGGGGAGAAUGGGUUAAGAAAGGUUCUUUUAUCAUGAUGUGACACUUAUACUUUGUUAACACAACCACCCUGUAAAUACCAUCAAGUCCUGUGGUUUUAUAAGAUUAGUUCCUGUGCUUUUAUAAUUAGGGUGGAAAUUACUUUGAUAUAUGACAUGCAGUUAAAAUGUGAUAUGCAUGUAGUAUUUUGUUUAUUUGUAGCCCUUGAAUCCUAACCCAGACAGUAAUUGGCUAGCUUUCUUUAAAGACAAUGAAGUGUUGCUGCAGAUUGACAAGGAUUGCAGGUAAUAAUCCUCCUCACAUUCCAUCCUGUUGAAACAUUGCUAUUGUAAUUUUUAAAUGUUUUGAACUCUUUAGGAGUUAUGUCAUAAGAAAGAGAAGUUCUCUUAUAAAGGCCCUGUCUACAUGUAUACAUCUAUAUUUUAAAAGGGAGAUUUUUCCCUCUGCUUUCAAAACAAAAAAUGUUUCUGUGGUAGUUAAUUUUUUAUGUCAGGUAAUUUUUAUUUUUUCGUUGUUUUUGGGUACUGUAUUAUAUGCUAAUGAAUUUGAAGCAAAUGAAAAACAAAAAUUAACUGAAAUAAAAAAUUUAUUGCAACAUUUCCACAUGUGGUGUAUAUCGAUGGAAACAUGAUAGCAUCCCUAACAGAGCAUGUGUAAUGCUAGUAGAAUAUGAUUUAUGACAUCAUUGUAUUUGAAAAACUCCAUUUUCAUCCAUCCACAUGAAAACACAAAGCAAAUCUCUGCUGUGAAGAGCGUCUUUGAAAAUAUGCAUUUUUGGUGACCUUUUCCGCUAGAUACAUGUGGAUGGUGCCUUAGUCUUAAUUUAGUGCUCUGAUUUUCAUUUUGGUCUCCCCACAAACAAACCUUUAUCAUGGCCACCAUUGAUUACUAUAAUCUUUUGAUUAAGCUCACUCAUUAGUGUACCUUUGUUUUUUGUUUCUUCUGUUAACGAUCACUUCACCGCCCAAGAUUUACCUAAAUUAAUUAGUAACGUUUAUAAGACUAUUUGUAGCUGCAAAAAGCUGGUCAGUGUCAUUUUUCAAAACUGCAUGUCUGUCUGUCUGCAACCAUUAGGCCUUUUGCAAUAGUAAUUAAGUAUAUAUACACAUGUAAACAGUUUAUAAUAUUGAUACUUAGUGUAAAUAAGUUUUCUAUCCUGGGAUUUGAAACCUCGUUUACUCUAAAUACUUGAACAAUUUGUUUUGAGAAAAUAAUUUUAGUAGGAACUGAUCUCUGGAAUUGACAUAACAGAGAAGAAACAGUUACUGUUCUCCUUAAAAGAAAUGGUUAAAAUGAGAAAAGAAAGUGGUGUUUCCUUGAAGCUGCCUUCAGGUGUUCUUUUAUUCUCUCUCAUACUCCCCACCCUUCCCCCCCCCCCCACUCUACCCAAAAUGAGUGCCUGAUUGAAGGUAAGAUAUCCUCACAAUAUCCUUAUUAUUUAAAAGUGGGAGCAUGGGGGAGGAGGGGUGAUUAUUUGAGUAGAUUGAUUACUUUGUUAUGGCCAUUGGGGUAGGUGCUUUUUUUGAUAUUACAGUGGAACUUUGCCUUAUAUCCACCCCACUUAUUAGUUAUACGACCACCUUGUUAUCAAGACUACAUUCUUUACACCGGCCCCGUUGAUAUGACCAACUUGUUAUUACAACCAGGAUUUUGUGGCCCAACAUUGGUCAUAUUAAUGGACUCUACUGCAAUGUAGUUUUUUUCUUAUUUUUGUUUUAAAAGGAGGCUUUGUCCUGAUAUUUCAUUUUUCCAAAUUGCUACAAAAUACCCAAACAAGGAAGUUAUAGCUGGUAAGUGAUGGAAAGUGAGGGAUACUGGAUCCAUAGCAAGUUAAUCGAUUCUCUUUAAAUUUGCUUUUCUCAGUCGUGUUCUGUGAAUGAGAAACACCCCCUUGUUGUCUUUAAAGUUAGAUAACCCUUCUAAUAAUAAAUUGUUUAAAAUAGACAUAAACGUUACCUGUGUACCAUCCUUUUUUGCUGGGAAAAAGCCUAAUUUAAUCUAUUUUCACUGCAUACAAGUCAUUAUAAUCAGGCAUGAACUGAAGAGAGCAGCGGCUAAGGACUAGUAGGGAAGGGAAGAGCCAUACAACCUACAUGUACUCCGCCGAAUUUAAAAAUAACUUUACCACAGUUGUUGGAAAAAAAUAACAUGUAUAAAGUAGCAUGUGGGCAAUCAGGAUCAAAGUCCCUAAUCUUAUUCUUGUAAAAUUCUCUGCAACAUUUUUUGAAACAUGACAGGCUUAGGUCUUCAGUCCUAACCUUCUUGGGUGAAUUAUUCCAUGGGUGAAAUAAAGAAUUCCAUUUAAAAGUGUUCUCUUAAGCAGUUUGGUUGUCUUAGUGUAUUUCUUGAAAAGAACCUUAGUCUACUCAUUUUCAUGUUUCAUGUACAAUAAUCUUUGUCAGAGAACAUUUGAUUGCAGGUUUGGUUAAAAAUAAGCUGUUUUUUUUUGUGACAUGUGUGAUGAUGACCAAGAACGUUGUUAAUAUUCUUCAGGAAAUGACAGAGAGUUUGAAACUUUAAGAGAGCGAGUGUUAAGAACCCACCUGGAGGCAUCUCAGGUCAACACCAACAGAAGUGGAUUAAAAAAUGUGAGGAAAAGAGACUGUUGAAUUUAUUUUGUUUGCUUACAGCUAGAGUCGUAGGAGUGAAUAUUAUCAUCUGUGAAGGAGCCCUGUCAGGGUAAUGUGAAGAUAUUUAUUACAAAAAGGGCUUGCCUGUUGAAGUUUACUAGCCCAGUGCAGUUUUGUAGGCCAAGUAAUCCCCUUUUUGCUAAGUUACUGUAUUUAUUUGGCUAUAAGCUGAGCAAUUUUUACACAAAGUAAUGCUAAAGUUCAGUGAAAUUUGAGCCCAAUAGGGGUCUCAGCUUACAGCUGGGUGUUUUGGAUUAAUCUUUCAUUCUUGGUUUUGCUGAUUCUUCGAGUUCAAAGUUAAGGGUCUUAGCUUAUGGCCGAAUAAAUACAGUACUUUAUCUUGACGAAUGUUGGUUACCCAUUGGACAAGUCGUUAUUAAAACAUGUGGCCCAACAGGUUCCUUCACUGACCCAUAUUGAUGAAAAGCGAGUGCAUGCUCAAAGUUGUAUGUGUUACUUUCUAUACAACUAUAUUUUGUUUUUACCUUAUUGUUUUUUAAAGCUUUUUGAAUUUACAAAAGCAUUGAAAGAUGAUGUGGAAAUGGUUUACAAUCCACUUUGAGAAGGCAGCGUGUUCGAGCGGUUAGAGUGUUGGACCUACAUCCAGAGUCCUGCCCUGACUGCUAUCUGGAUUUGUUCUUAGUAGUCCUGAGUUUAUCUCCUCUGUCACGCUUUAAAUAGCCAACUUGUUUGCCUCCAGCCAGUUGGGAUUCUUAACCUCGUUAUUUUCCAUUUAAAGGAAAAUAAAGGGAGAUGUAAAGAAUCAACCAUAAGAGGACACAGAAAAAAUCUGAGCGCCAGAUGGGAUUCGAACCCAUGACCCUCGGUGUUCUAGAUUGGAUGCUCUAACCUCUGAGCUACUGAGGACUCAUUGGCGAGCAAGGGUCAUUUUUGUGGGUUUUUUGUGGGUGUCCUCUUAUGGUUGAUUCUUUACAUCUCCCUUUAUUUUCCUUUAUAUAUUAAUAUCAGUGGCAUAGGUUGGUUGGUUGGAGGCUCCUUAGUGAGACAUUUCCUACUAUUAAUGUGACUGUGUGAUACACUAAGCCUUAUGUGUUGCCUGUGAUGGACUGUGUGACUGCGAGAUGUGGUAUAUAAGUCCAACCCACAAAAAUGACCCUUGCUUGCCAACGAGUCCUCAGUAGCUCAGAGGUUAGAGCAUCCGAUCUAGAACACGGAGGGUGGUGGGUUCGAAUCCCAUCUGGGGCUCAGAUUUUUUCUGUGUCCUCUUAUGGUUGAUUCUUUACAUCUCCCUUUAUUUUCCUUUAUAUAUUAAUAUCAGUGGCAUAUUUUCCAUUUAAAUUUUUUUAUUUCAUUGUCUCUGAAAAACCCCAUAAGGGGAGAGGAUAAUUAAGUAUUUAUUAUUAUUAUUAUUAUUAUUAUUAUUAUUAUUACCAUUAUCAUUGAGACCAAGAACGUCUUAUUCAGCGAAAAGAUUUUUUUGGAAGGAAAGACUUUGCAAAAAUUGAGUUGCAUUUGCCAUGGCACAUGCACCUGACAACAGUCUCAUUAUUCCUCUGCUAUCUGUGAGCCAAAUAAAAAGUUGUUAUCUUUGAUUAUAUUAUAUAAGAAAUGGUAAAUGUUGCAGCUGGGCAACCAUGAAGUUAUAGCUGCACUUAGGAGGUUUUUGUUAAGAACUCAUGCAAGAAGCUAAAGUUUGCUCUUUACAGUAGCCUGCGUAGAAGGUGUCAGUAAGUUUUCUUGGCUAUGUAGUUUUUUUCCCUUGUGUGCAGAUGGGUCCUGAAAAUUUUUCCCUUCGCCAGUGCCUGCUAUGCAGGCUAUCUCAGCUAUGCCUCCACCACCUUUUUUGCUUCUUUCAUGCAUAGCAACCUCCCACAUACAUUGAUUGCAAAAUUCGCUGGUUCUGCGCUACACGUUUACUGAUGAAACAGUGCACUAAGACUAUGAAACACUUUUGGGAAGUAACAAAAUACACAUAGCCCUCUACCUUAGAUUUACCCUGUGAGCAGAGUCUCCUUUGAUCUUCCUAGAUAACUUGGGAAGAGGACUCUUCUCGACUUAUCUGGGAAGAUCAAAGGAGACUCUGCUCGCAGGGUACCUUAGUUUUUAUUAAGAGAGGAAACUUGUUUUACUUUACUCUUUGUUCUGUCAGUUGUCUGCUCCUAGAAAGAUUGCCUCUGAGGAGUACCUUGUACUUGGAGAUGACGAAGAAGCUCAUUGGGAGGUGACAGAAAACUUUUUCCUUUGUUUUGUUUUCCCUUUGUGGGCAAACUUAGUCCAUUUUAUAAUAACCACUAAUCUUAUUUUUCACCAAGUGAGAAGGUCUUUUGCUUUAGUUAGCUAUGUGUUUGACCUACCUUUACUUAUUUGUAUGAAACUGUGUUCUUGCUGGUUUUUCUACAGUUGUUUUGCAAGGGUUAAAUCUCAGAAAAGAUUGUCCUUUCACCACAAAAAGGUUGGCCAGUUCAAACCAGAGAACUCAUUUUCUGUUAAAAAUGAGAAAAAUAGUAAAAACUGGUGAAAAACAAGUAGCACUAUGCUAAGACCUUUCUCUUAUUUUGAACUAAUGGUCAUAUCAUGGAAUUUUUGCACCAGAGGCAGUGAUAAGAGCCGACGCAGUUACAUUGUCCCAAUCCAAAUUAUCUUACAUGCAUUACUGAUUUCUUUCAUUUCAACUGGCUGAUUGGCCCUUGGUUAUUUAGAGCUCUGUGUUUAAUUCUGUAAUUAGAGACUGAAACGAAACACUCCUUUUUGUAACUUUCAGGUUGUUGAGAGAAUAUUGUACAUUUAUGCUAAAUUAAAUCCUGGUUUGGGUUAUGUUCAGGUAGGAGAUUUCUCCUCUUAGUAAAUAUGUCAUGAUAUAUGUUAUAUGUAGCUGUACUUACACCUCAAAAUAAGAGUGUCAACCGAUAAGAUUUUUGGAUUCUGUUCUUGAUCAGCAGUUAUUUGUCACUCCUUUUUUGUAGACGAGAAUUUUUAAAUCAGUCGCAGUUAGGCCCCGUCCGCAUGUAUCCGUUUUUGUACAGAGAGUUUUUUUGCGGUUUAGCUUACCGAGUAGUCAUUAUAAUUAGUUGUUUAAGUGUUGUAGAUUAGUUGUUAAGUAUUGUCAUUUCAGUUGUGAGUUCUCUGACUGUCCUUUUCUUUCUUUUGAUUUAAUAGUAUUGUAAUUAUUUUAGUUAAAUCCCGUUUUAUUCAUGUAAUUCUUCACGUUUUUUUGCGGACCUUAGGCCAUUUUAGCCCCCGGCUUUGGUUAUUCUCAUGUAUUUUUCCGAGUGUGUGAUAUGUAAUGAAGUUAAGUUAAGUUAAAGUUAAGUUAAGUUAACACACGUACUCCGCGAAAACAGUCACCGAAAAUGCAUCUUGUCAAAAACGUUCUCCAGAGUGAAGACUUUUCAAAACGCUGGCUUCUCGUCUACGUGUGGACAGACGAAAACGGAACUUUUCGAAUACGUGAUGUCCCUGAAAACGAUUCGAAUACGCUACGUGUGAACGCGUAGUAUGUUUUUAAAAAAGGGAGGAAAAAAUCUCCGUUUUCAAAAAUCUCCGAAUACGUGCGGCAUUUUGGUUGCUGUACAUUCUUCUUAUCGAUCAAAUGACUGCUUGGAUUUUGUGAAGUGCAACUUUGCUUUUUGAUGUCUUGCAAAUAGUCAGGACUAAUAGUAGCCUCUUACGCAGACGGUCUUAGGGGUUCGUCACGCGUUCCUGUCCCACCAAAUGGGGCAAGAACGCGUGACGAACCCCUAAGAACGUCUGCGUGGGAGGUUAGACUAAUAGUACCUAUCUCUAUGGUUUGUUCCAUAUUUGAUGAAAAAGGCAGCGAAAGUUUAUGUUAUCUGUGCUUCUCUUUUUUUUUUCAGGGAAUGAAUGAAAUAAUUGGUCCACUUUACUAUGUGUUUUGUUCUGAUCCAAAUCCUGAAUGGCAAGGUCAGUAGUUUGAAUAGUGGUAAAGACCUAUAAUCAUUUACAAUAACUAUGCUAUUUAACCUCCAAUUUCUUUUCAUUUUCACAGAAAAUGUUGAAGCGGAUGCUUUCUUCUGUUUUACAAAUUUGAUGUCUGAAAUACGAGAUAACUUUAUCAAGACCCUUGAUGACUCGGCUUGUGGAAUAGGUACGAUUACAACCGGGAUUUAAAGACAGUUACUUUAGGGUUACCGUAUGGUCAGUGAUAAUAUUUAAGCCAUUACAGGCCCAGUAUAUCAGUCACACAAAGUAGCAUCUGGCACAAGCAUCUCUACAAAAAGAGACCAGGUUUCCAAAGGGUUUAGUCUGCACUGUGUGGUUUUCGGCAGUUAAAUGUUCUAUACAAUUAGGCUACAUUAACUCUGUUAGAGAGAAACUCGACAGCAGAAACAACUAGCACCACUGAUCUGGUCCCAUAGAUGUCUAGUUUACAGAGACUUCACUUUCAAUUCAUUUGCUCAUGGGACCUUUUCACUUUAAUUGGUUGGGCACUUGACUUCAAAGCGGUAGAUUUUAAUCCGAAGAUGCUCUUUGUCAACUGUGUUUUAGGAAAUAUGAUGAAAAGUGUCAGGAACUUGUUAAGAGAGAGAGAUCUCAUGUUAUUCACAUACCUGGUAAUGUUUAGGUUAUCAAGAAGUAGUUAAAAAGUGAAAAUUUUAGGAUUGGUGGCAAGGUUAAAGUAAUCAUAAAUUGUUAGUUAAGAAAUCCCCCCCUCCCCCCGCCUCCGACCUCCUGUACGAUGAACUUAGUUUUUGAGUCCCCUGGCAUUUUCGGGAACUUAAAUUAGACUAAAUCAUAAGAAAUUUCGCAAAGGACACCUUUUCUCUUUUCUCUCUUUCUGAAAAUAUCUACCGCGGCGCUUCUGAAAAAACAUUUAAGAACAUUUCUUUCAUUUUAGGAAGAACAAGAGAUGAGUCCUCAGUUUUAUAGUUUUAGGUGGCUGACGCUGCUUUUAUCUCAGGAGUUUGCUCUUCCAGGUGUGUAAUUCACUGUCCUUUACAGUGUGCUGAAUCCUGUGCGUAUUGUUAUUCGUGAUUAGGGGCAUACUGUAAGCAACUACCAUCAGCGGCGACCGUAGGGAAAGCAUCACUAAAAAAGUGAAUUUGCCUUGUUUCAAACUUCACCGCUAUUAUUCCAUAUCGUUGAACUUUUUAAAUGCAGGGGAAUUUUAUCUGGAGUUGAAUUGUUAAGGACUGUAUUAGCUUUCAGUGAAAGAAAACGAAAAACGUGAAAAGUGUUUACGUCCUCCCUUAAAACUGAAUGAAAUUGGGAAAUUUCUUGUCUAGUCUUGCACUAAAAGAUCUGGUGCCGCACUUGCAAAGUUGUUGUUUAGCCGCUUUUUAAACCUAUGGCUUCUUUUACGUUCUCGUUACUAUUACGUUACUAUUAUUGCUGUCGUUGAGGUGGACAUUUUUUCCUCUGUUUUAUGUCUGACCAUUAUUUUUUCAUUUCAGACGUUAUCAGAGUAUGGGAUUCUCUGUUUGCCGACGAGAAACGUUUCGAGUUUCUCAUUUAUGUCUGCUGUGCUAUGCAUAUGUGAGUUUGAUAAAAUUACUGUGAACUGAGGACUUUUCGUAAGUCUUGCGUAUUGUUAAGGUUUAGUUCAAAAUUAAUCAAUCCGGGUCAUGCAACCUGCUCCAAUCCAACGAGUUCUCAGAAAAAAAGAUGUCUGAAGACUGCUAAAGAUGUGUAGAUAAAUCAGUAUGCCACUUUGUGAUAACUGUAGAUCCUUCUUUCAGCUAACAAGUCAUUAAAUAUCCGUUUAUUCAUAUUUUAGAGUUAUAAGGGAACAACUUCUUGCUGCAGAUUUUGCUACAACAAUGAAGCUUCUUCAGGUACUAUAGAUAACAUCUGUUUCAUUGCAAAGCUGUGUAUUUUUAUGCUGUCCGCAUUUUAUAGACGAGAGUGUACAGUGGGUUAUCCCGCCUUUGUUCUUCGUUGACAGUCUUGUCUGUGAUAACCCCCGCAUCUUGCUACAAUCUUGUUCGUCCUGUUUUUGUUUGUUUGUUUGUGGUAUUUUUUAGUCCUUAGAUAGUUACACUUAAAUAUUUUCAGCGUUCUGUAUUUUACGGCCGGCAAUAAUAGACCCUUUUACUAGGCGUUUCUCGACUUCUGACUGGGACCAGUUAGCGAAGAUCCGUAAACACGGCUUGAAAGGUCUCCAUAAAAAUGUCAAGUUCGUUCAAGUUCGUACCUCUCUCUCCUCCUCCCCCCCGCCACCAUAUAAACGUCUGUAAAAUUUCGUGACUUUGGUGAGCAAUAUCUUCGCUCGCUUUUAAUGUAUCACGUAAUAAACUUAGAAAGUUUUCUAAUUCAAAAAACCGUGGAAGGGUCUUUUGGCUUCACACUGUUGCGGUUAACGGCGGUAUGGUAACUUGUUUGGCGAAGUAUGCGACAUUUCAAAAAAAAAAUUCGUGAAAUGAUGGUUCAUGUCGCCUUUGGUUUCUUUCCUUUUCAGAAUUAUCCAGAUAUUGAUAUCCACACAAUUCUCUCUAAAGCAAUGGAUCUCAAAAGACCCAAAGCAGUGUUUCCCAAUUCCCCUCGGACGCAACAAAGACAGAAGGCUGGGUUCAAUUUCAAGAAGAGAUGACACUGGCUUUCAUCAGAUUAUCCUAGCAUUCAUUAGAAACCUUUGGAUUUCAGGACGAAGACGACUAACGGGACGAAAGUUAAAGGUUUUUUUCGCGUAUUUUCAAAAAAAUAAGACACCGAAAAGCUUCAUUUUACUUUUUUUCACCAGAAAAGCUAACACAGUUAUUUUUAAUGGAAAAUGUUAAGCCCUCUCCCGAGCGUAGAAUGCCCAAACUUCUAACAUUCUGUAGCUACGACAUUCUCGUUUAACCCGACGUAGAGUGACGACGGCGACCACGUUUUCCCGCCAAAAUGACGUUGGUUCAUGUCCGCAUUACUUAGUAUUGAGAAAAUUUCGUCCUCGUAAUCUUUGUCGUGUUAGAAUCUAAACGUCUCUUUUGAUAAAGUUCCAAGAAUGAAGGACCUGGAUUCGGAACCGGUUCAGAAAAAGAAAAAAGUUUUGAUUAGCAUACUGAAUUUAAUUCUCAAUUAAUUUCAUCGAUUUGAGAAUGCCAAAAUUAGAAUUUUCAUGCAAAAAAUAUAUAUGUAUAUUUGUAAAGGUGAUAAAGGGCUGAUCUGUUGGAAUGAAAUACUGCCAUCUUUAUGAAGUGAUUCUUGGGUUCAAACCUUUCAUUGUUAUAGUAAGUGAGAAAACAGAAAGUUAUUUGAUUUCUCAGGCGAAAGAACCUUAAAAUUCUUUCACAGUUUCCAAAGUUAUUUUGAAUAAAAAAAAAUGUAAACUACAAUGUUACAGUUUGUAAAAUAUUACGAAGCAGAUCAAGCUAUUAGAACUAGGUUGAGAAAAAUACCGCUAUUUUGUUGGCUCAGUUGUUAAAUGAGUUGUUGUUUUAGGUCCCUUCCACACGAAUCCGGGCAGGCUAAAACCGCUCACAUAAACGCCAUUUACAUGCGCUAAAAAAAUCGGCACGGCACGCCAAGUUUUUGGCACCGUGCCUCGUUUACCCUUGCCGAGACUACCUCCGGGAGGUAGUCUCGGGACCCCUAAAAUUUUGAACACUGGUGCCAUAUUACAUUUGGGACCGACACGUUUACACGUCGAAAAUUGGGA